CUGCAUCGACAUGUGAUGCAAUCAUGUUUGAAAAAAAAAUUUUCUAGUCUUUUUGGAUUCUGGUUUUUUUAAAUUAUUAGUGAAAAAAAAUGUCUAAAUUAACAAAAUCAUCAUCAUCUGUGAUUAAACCGUUAAGUGGUUUCAGACGUUAUUUACUUGAUAAAAUUCGUUUAUUAAUCAAUCGUUAUGAACGAUUAAUGUUGACAAAUUUUCCAUCUACUUAUCGAAUGUUACAGAUGUUUACAGUCGGUACUAAAGAAUUUUCUUAUGAUGUUUUUGAAUAUAUGCGAAUAUCCAAAGAUUUGGCUAUCGAUAAAUCUGUUCAAGAUCUUACCUAUAAGGAAUUGAUGAUUUAUAUGAAAACACCAAAAGAUAUACGUAAAAUGACACCAUUUCUAUUGAUUACAGCCUUACCAUUAGCACAAUAUGUUAGCAUACCAUUAGCAUUUACAUUUCCUAAACAAUUAUUAUCAUCACAUUAUUGGACAAUUCAACAGCGAACAAAAUUUUCUAUCGAUGAUCAUCGUCGUAAACUAUAUCAUUAUCGGCCAUUAUUUCGUAGUCUACAAAAACGUCUUGAUUCAAUCGAAUCACCUUAUUUACGGGGAAAAUGUCGAUACGUUUUUACACGAUUAGGCAGUGGUACACAUCCAAAUGUUGAUGAUAUUAUACAUUUAAAACCAUUAUUCAUUGAACAACCAUUUGGUCUUCGUUCAUUAUCACAACAACAUCUAGUCCAUCUUUGUCGAACACAUGGUCUUCGUCGGUUAUUUCUAUUCAAACGACGUAGUCUUUUUCAACAUAUAACAUUCAUACAGGCAAUGGAUUCACAUUUAUUCGAUAGCGAUCUUUCAUUCGAACAAUUAAGACAAGCUUGUUUUCUGCGUGGUCUAAAUCCAAUCAAUCUAACACAACAAGAAAUGUUUGAUUGGUUACAACAAUGGCAACAGAUAUCAAAAAAUGUUGACGAUCAUACCAUUUCCUUAUUGUUACAUACACCAUUAUUUUUGGCCUAUAAUCAUCCAUCCAAUUGGCGUCUGAUUUAUUCAUUAUAAUAAUGAUAAUCAUUUGAAAAAAAAUUUGUUAUUGUAAAAGUGAUUGUAAAUUUUUUUUUGUUUUGUUUUGUUUUUCUAAAAUCCCUGGUUAUUAUAUAUGAAA